AUGGCCGACAAACUCCGCACUCUCCAGAACCUCGAGGCCCUCCAGGCUCGGUACCUUGGCACCGGUCACGCCGACACUACGAAAUACGAGUGGACCUCAAACAUCAUCCGCGACAGCUACUCAUCCUACGUCGGCCAUCCGCCGCUCCUCAGCUACAUGUCCAUCGGCAUGGGCGAGUCCAAGGAGAAGGUUCGUAUAGCGAUGAUCGAGAAAAUGGUUAGAGGGGCAGGGAAUCCGCCAGAGGUACAAGAAUAA